AAAUAUAAAGAGGUGUUUGCCUUCCAAACGCAAGGAAACGCUGAAUUACAACGUCAUAGCGGAACAGCGACCAGACACACCGUCCCUCUCAAUAACCAACAGAGGCAACCAGUUUAUCCCAGGCAACAUCUCAACCAAUUUAGACAGUUGAAGAAUCAAACCCUUUCUCUAUUUUAACAAAGUUGUUUUUUGUAUGUACUUAUAUAGUACGUAUUUGUCACGGAACAUUUCACUGUUAUAGUCAAAUUUAGAGAGAGAGAAAAGUUUUCACUGAGCCGCGGGAGCGUGAGGAGAGAAGCUCAACCGAACUUUUGCUGAGAGUGAAGAGAGAGCAUGUCUGCACUUAUCAGCGUGUACUCGUCGUGGCCGGAGAGCUUUGAGUGCUCAACGGGAGAUGGGGACGUGCCUGACGGACACGGCUCGCACAGGACUCCCGCGGACAAAGCGUCGGAGCCGCGCAUCAGACGGCCCAUGAAUGCGUUCAUGGUCUGGGCUAAAGAUGAGAGGAAGCGCCUGGCUGUCCAAAACCCAGACCUGCACAACGCAGAGCUUAGCAAGAUGCUGGGCAAGUCGUGGAAGGCCCUGACCCCUCUUCAGAAGCGUCCCUACGUGGAGGAGGCCGAGAGGCUGCGGGUGCAGCACAUGCAGGACUACCCCAACUACAAGUAUCGCCCUCGUCGCAAGAAGCAGCUGAAGCGCAUCUGUAAGCGUGUGGACCCAGGGUUCCUACUGAGCAGUCUGGGGGGGCCUGACCAGAAUGCCCUAACUGACUCCCGGGGCCUCUGCCUCUCUCUGGGUUUGGAUAAAGAAGGGGAUGGUGGUGUUGGGUUUUCAUCACGCUCUUCCCUCAGCCCGGUUAGAUCCUUAAGAGAUUUACCGUCCAGCAGCACCUACCCCUACGGCCUCCCCACCCCACCUGAGAUGUCCCCCCUGGAUUCGGCCCUGGACCACGACUACCCCUCCUACUACCCCUCCUCUUCUUCCUCCUCAUCAUCCGUCUCCUGCUCAGAGGAGCGCCACCAGCACCAGUGUCAGGGUCAGGCCCCCGGAGGAGGUGGUGGUGGAGGUCACAUGAGUCCCCCGCCCUACCACCCUGACUACACCCAGACUUCCAUCCACUGUGGCUCCCACUCCCACCUAACCCACCUCUCCCACAUGUCCCAGGCUCAGUCCGGAGGCCUCAUCCCUGGGCAUCCUCUGUCCUACUACAGCCCAUCCUCAUGGUCCUCCCAGCUCCAGGUCCACCCGGGCCUCCAGCCCCACCAUCACCCCCACUUGGGGCACCUCUCCCCAGGUCACCACCACCAGCACCACCUGGGUCAGCUCUCUCCUCCUCCAGAGCAGAACCAUGGCCAGAACCACGGUCAACUGGAGACACUGGACCAGCUGAGUCAGGUAGAGCUUCUAGAGGUCGACCGUGAUGAGUUCGACCAGUACCUGAACUCGACUGCGGCAGGUGCGGCGGCAGCGGGGGUAGGGGUAUUCCACUCCGAACACGGAGGAGGAAUGACUGUGACGGGUCACAUUCAGGUGACGUCUGGGAGCAGCGUUGUCGCGGAAACCAGCCUGAUCUCCGUGUUAGCGGAUGCCACAGCAGCGUACUACAACAACUACGGCAUCUCUUAGACGGGUCGUCGAGUUACCUGGUCACCAUGCCGACACCGACAGCUCACGCCAUCACACUUGGGAACUGACCCGGGGGCCAUUAAUGUGUCAUCACGCGUCUCAGAGGAGGACUGUUGAUCUCGCGUCAGGUGUCUAUGUCCGUGUAAUUUUAUUAAAUUGUGAUCUAUAAGGCAAAACUUUGAGACGCUUGAUACCUAUGACCCCAGGUAGGCUGAAGAUGGGUUAGGGGGGGGGGCGACACCAGAACCAAUCACAUAGCAAGAUGAUUGUUUGGGGCCAAGGAAGGAAACAAGAGGGUAUAAAUGAGAGAAAGAGAGAGAAGAUUGAAGGACACCUCAGGGAUGCUCAAAUAGGUCAACUAGUUCAUCAAUUCUAUCUGUCUAUUUCCAGAACUGAAUUACAGCCGGUCGUUGUCCUCUUGUCUUAACGUGUUGCCAGUCGUUGUCCUCUUGUCUUAACGUGUUGCCAGUCGUUGUCCUCUUGUCUUAAUGUGUUGCCAGUCGUUGUCCUCUUGUCUUAACGUGUUGCUGUGAAGCGUGUUGUACAGAUGCUCUCAUCACUUAUUGAAGCACUUUGAUGUUUCAACUAAAUGCUUUAUUGUAUUGCUGUUAUUAUGAAUUAUUUCUGUUUGAAUGUUUGUAUUAUUUGUUACCCGACAUUAGUCGGCAUUAGUUUUAUUUUUACCUCAGUAGUGUCUAUUUAAAUGAGGAUUAGAGGGACAUUUCUUAUGAAGUUAUCGCGGGUCUCAAAUGGCGCUCUAGUCCCUAUGAAGUGCACUACUUUUGCCCAGGUACCACAGGGUUCGUGUCAAAACUAGUGUACUAGAAAGGGGAAAAAACUGCGUCGUUUUGAGACGAAGCCGAGGAAAUAUCACGAAGAAAAAAUUCUUUACAUUACUUUCUUAUUUUCAAGUACUUAAUAUAUAAAUCCUAAUCUUUACAAUGAAAAUAAAAAUUACUGUAUGCUGAUUUUAGGUUUGUGAAUUAAUUUGAAAUAAAGUUCCACUUUCUA